AUGGGCUCGGGGCGCUGCUCAGGGGAUCCCGGGGACGGGGACAGACCCCGGGGACACCGGGACCUCCGCCUGGAUCAAAGGGAGAUCCCGGGGAAUUUGGGAUCUGCCCGUAGGGAUUUGGGAUCUGAUGCCCGGAAUGGGGCCAGGACCAGAGGGAACGGCUUCGACCCGCCCCAGGGGGGGCUCAGGGUGGAGCGGGAGGCGCUGAAGGAGCCCCGGCCCCGCUGCGGCAGCCUCGGGGGAAGCCGAAGCCUCGCCGGGGCCGCGGCCGGAGCCGGGAGCUGUCCGAGGUGGCGGCGGAGCGGGGCCCGUCCCGGCGCGUUCCCAACCCCGGCGGGGCCGGAGGAGCCGGAGCGGCCGGCGGGGCGGGGGCAGCGCCCCGAGGGUGCCGGGCUUGUCCUGCGGCCACGCGCGCUGCGCUGCGCCCGCGCUUAUCUCGCUGUUAUCAGCGCCGCGGGGACGCGCGAGCGCCGAGCGGGGACAGGGAGGGACACGGCGACGUCCAUCCCGCUGUCCCCGAGCCCAUCCCCGCUGUCCCCGAGCCCAUCCCGGUGUCCCCGGGCUCCCAAGCUCCCGUCCCCGGCAGAGCCCGCUCGGGGACCCUGCGGGGCCGGCGGGGACCCUCGGGAGCCCCGGGCCGGCGCUGGGCUCGGGGCGCCCCUGUCGGAGCAGGAGCAGUUUGGGGGUGCCCGGGCCGGGCCGGGGGCGCUGCGGGCGCUGCGGCCGCUCCGUGCGGGGCUCGGCGGGCUCGGCCGGGGCCGGCGCCGGGCUUUGAGGCUUCGGGAGCUGCAGCGAGCAGCAGAUUUGGGCGCAGAUUGGCGGCGGGGAGGAGGAAAGAAGCCGCAGCGGCGGGCCGGCCCCUCCCAAGCGCUGGGCAGCCCCUCCCUGGGCUUGGCCGCGCUCCCGCCGCCCCUCGGCGGGGAUAAAAGGCCCCCGGGAGCAGCCAGGGCACGGCACAGCCGCUCCAGCCCCGAGACAGCAGCAGCUGCCCCUCAGCUCCGGCUCCUUCGUCCGCCGCCAGCGCCGCGACCCCCAGAGCUGCAGCCAUGGGUAAGGGAGCCCCGCGGCUGCCCCCGAGCCCCGGGCCCGCAGCGCCGGCCCGAGACCGGCUCCGAGCACCCCUGGGCAUUCCCUGGGCACGCCUGGCACAGGCGCCUCUGUGCCCCGGGCACGGGCAGGGAGCCGGGCCCGAGCUCUGCCCGCGGCGCCGCUGCUCCCGGAGCUGCUGCGGGACCUCGGGGGCUCCCGGGGGCCCUGCCCGUCCACGGGGCCCCGGGAUCCAGAGGGAUUGUCCGAGCUGGAGCUGCCAGCGUGCCCCGGCUCCGGGUGACAGCUCUGUCCCUGUCCUACAGAUGCAGAGCUCCGUGCUACGAGUACCCGUCGUGCCCCGACGUGCUGAAAGCCCCGCGGGAGGAGGUCGCCUACGUGACCUGCACCUACAGGAGCACCGGCAUCGAGCAGCCCGAUUUCCUGGCCACCGUGGACCUCAACCCGCGCUCCUGCCACUACGGCCAGGUGAUCCACCGGCUGCCCAUGCCCAACCUCAAGGACGAGCUGCACUGCGCGGGCUGGGGCCCCGCCUGCGGCUGCUUCGACGGCGGCGCCGCGGCCAAAAGGACCAAGCUGGUGCUGCCGUGCCUCAUCUCCUCCCGCAUCUACGUGGUGGAUGUGGGCUCCCAGUGCCGGGCGCCGCGGAUCUGCAAGAUGAUCGAGCCCGUGGAUGUGUUCUGGAAGUGCAACAAGGGCUACCUGUCCGUCACCCACCCCCUGCCCAACGGCGACGUCCUGGUGGCCAACAUGGGCGACGCCGCUGGCCACGGCAAAGGUGGCUUCGUGGUGCUGGACGGAGAGACCUUCGAGCUGAAGGGCAACUGGGAGAACGAGUGUGAGGCUCCCCCGACCGGGCACGACUUCUGGUACCAGGCCCGGCACAACGUCCUGGUCAGCUCGGCCGGGAUGGUGCCCAGAGUGGCCGGGCGCGGCUUCAACCCCGAUGACCUCAAGAAAGGGGUCUUCGGCCGCCGCCUGAACGUGUGGAACCUGUCGUGCCGCAGCCUGACGCAGUGCUUCGACCUGGGCGAGGAUUCCCUGCCCAUGACCGUGCGCUUCCUGCACAACCCCGAGGCCGCCGAGGGCUACGUGGGCUGUGCCCUGAGCGGGGCCAUUUUCCGCUUCUACAAAUCCUGCGAGAGAGACAACUGGGCCGUGGAGGAGGUGAUCCGGAUCCCGGCCAAGGACGUGUCGGGCUGGAUCAUGCCCAAGAUGCCGGCCUUCAUCGUGGACCUCGUCAUCAGCCAGGACGACCGGUUCCUGUACGUGUGCAAUUGGCUGCACGGGGACAUCCGGCAGUACGAGCUGUCGCGGAGCUGCAAGCCGCGGCUGGUGGGGCAGGUGUUCGUGGGCGGCAGCAUCCUGCGAGGGGGCCCCGUGACCGUGUGCAGGGACGAGGAGCUCAAGUGCCAGCCCGAGCCGCUGGUGGUCAAGUGUAAGCGCGUGUACGGCGGCCCCGCCGCGCUGCAGCUGAGCCUGGACGGGAAGCGGCUCUACGUGACCAAUUCCUUCUACAGCACCUGGGACCGGCAGUUCUACCCCAGCCUGAUCAAGGAGGGCUCGGUGAUGCUGCAGCUCGACGUGGACACGGACAAGGGCGGCCUGAGCGUCAACAAGAACUUCCUGGUGGAUUUCGGCAAGGAGCCCAACGGGCCGUGCCUGGCGCACCAGAUCCGCCUCCCUGGCGGCGAUGCCAAAUCCGUGACCCUGCCCUGA